UAUAUAACCCCCACCCCCCCACCCCACCCCACCCUCUCUCUCUAACCAACAACUGCAAAAACCCCUCCUUUCUCUAACCAACAACUGAAAAAGAAAUCUUUCUACUUUCUCUCUCUUCCCAUUCACACCUAUCUUCUCUCUCUCUCUCUGAAGGUAGUAGCUCCAUGAGAAGAGCUUAGCAGAGUUUAGGGGAAAAAAGAAGAAGAUUUUUCAUACGGAAAAAGAAAGGGGGACCAGAAAGAGAAAUGGGAAAGUACAUGAGGAAGUCAAAAACUACAGGCGAAGUUGCUCUUUUAGAGGUGAGUCACACACAGUCAUCACCUCUUGGUGUCCGUACAAGAGCUAAAACCCUAGCUCUUCAACGCUUGCAGAAAUCGAACUCAACCGGAAACGGAAGCGGCGGUGAUGGUGGUGGUGGUGGUGGGUCCUACCUUCAGCUGCGGAGCCGAAGGUUAGAGAAACCAAACAAGGAAGGGAAAAGACAGAAAUACCCUUUGAAAGAUCCUAAUUUACCAAACCCUGUAAAGAAUAAUCAGAGUUCGAAGACGAGUUCUACUAGGCUGAGGCAAGGGCAUUCUUGGAAUUCUGUGUCUGUAGAGGAGCGUUUGGGUGACGAGAAAAAGGAAGAAAUUAAUUUGCAGGAAACCCAGAAUGAAAUUAAGGAUAAUAGUUGCGGUGAAGGGGGAGUUGAAGCUUCAUUUGGAGAGAAUUUGUUGGAAUUUGAAGGUAGAGAGAGGACCACUAGGGAGAGCACACCUUGCAGUUUGAUCCGGGACGCGGAUAACAUACAAACCCCUGGUUCCAGUACAAGACCUACCAAUGCAACUGAAGAUAACAGCAGAGUGUCAAAUUCAACGCGUCGACAUAUCCCAACAGCUCGUGAAAUGAAUGACUUCUUUGGUGGUCCAGAAGAGCAGCAGCAGAGACAGUUCAUUGAGAAGUACAACUUCGAUCCAGUGAACGACAAGCCCCUCCCUGGACGUUACGAAUGGGAGAAAGUAGAUCGUUAGAUAUCGACAUUAUGGUAUCGACCUCUCAUGAAGGCUUGUCCUGCAUUUUCUUGUUUGAUCUUUAGGUCUAGAUAAAAGGUGUAGGAAAAGAGCAAGGAUUUUUAGUCCUAAUUGGUGAUGGUGAUAUUUUGUUCCAGUCACCCCUGUAAAGAAUUUAGGGCAGCAUGUUCUAAACCUGUAGACUAAUGAUCUGUAACAUAACAGAGUUUGUGAAUUUACACAACAAACAUAAGGAGAUCCUUUGUCUAACAGAGAAGGGGUUGUGUUAGUCAUAGUGUUGUAACUUGUACUAAUUAGACUUAGUCUUAGCAGUACAGGAGAUAAGUCUACCAAUCUUUGUUUC